UGGACUUGAAUGGAUUGUUUACAACUUCGGAAUCGGUUCCCGCUUGUCUUGUCAACGGCAGCUAAUCUUUCAAAAACAAUCGUCCCAAAAGCGUUUUCUAUGAAGCCGGGUGACAAUGAUUAAGACCGAGAAGGUGUUGCAUUUGAAGAGUUCCCGAGGACGGAAAGUUCGUGUGGUUCGGGAACAUUAUUUGAGAGAACAUGUUCCCUGCUACAGCUCUCUCUGUCAGGCACAAUGCGCCAACGAAGGCAAGGUGCUGUCUGGAGAGGUGACUCACUAUGUGAUGCCUGAUGCUGGCGUGGCGAGAGACUUUAUGGAGAUUCUGGAGUUUAGAGAGAUCCAGGGGAUAGUGUUCACCCAGACUGCCUGCCAGGCCGUCCAACACAGCAGAGGACGCAGGCAGUACAACCGGCUACGCAACUUGCUGAAGGACCCCCGUCAUCACUGUAUCUCUGUUUGCCAACGAGUUCAGAGUAUUCCUACUGCCCAGAGAAGGAGAAGCCGCAGGACAAAUGGCAGACCAGGUGUGUGUAUCAUGCUGCAGUGUGUACCACGACCAUGGCAGUCUGAAGCCAGUGUGAUGAUCACUGAAGACCAGACCGCUGUGGCAGAGUACAGCAGCCUCAACUGUGGUGCUUGUCCUGUCACAG